UGGGACGCGUGCCCACCAUUAAUUAAAAGCCUCAUUAAGGCCCUUAACUCGCCAAUCGUCAAUGAUUUUGAGAGGCCCGUGCGAAGUUCAGCUCAGCGCACGGGCCCAACGCGCAGACGGAGGACAGUUAAGACUCAAUCACAUUACUGUGCGUCUGGCAUCACAUGUUGGCUAGUCAAGGAUCAGCCAACGUUCCUGAAGAAAAGGAAUAGGGCACACGGUGCAGAAGUUUACAAUGAAAUUCUCAGAUACAUUACAUGUUCACAUCUUCAAGCUUGCCUCAGUAUUCCAUUUGGGUGUAGUGUGUGGAAAAGCAUUACUUGCCAAACCUGAUACCAUCACUAUUACCGCUGUAGGAGAACAGGUCCUGUUCCCUAUACGGUACCAAGGCAGGGAUCAGUAUGAUGUAACAUUUACAUUGAGAGUUCCAUUGGCUUUGAAGAUUUUAAUGUGGAAAUCCAAUAAUCUGGAAAAGCCGCGCAUUGUCCACCCACUGUAUCAACACAGAGUUGGAAUUCACAGUGAUUUUGUGAUACUGAAUAAUGUACAUGUUAAUGACACUGGAGAAUAUGAAAUGUAUAUCGACUACUAUGGGAUAGAACUGAAAAACCGUGAUGAAAGUACUUUCAGGAUGCAAGUAUUUGAACCAGUUUCCCAGCCUGUGAUAGUGAUCCUUGGCAACUGUGUGAGUUCACCAAAUAUCACUUUGAGCUGCUCUGUCUCCAAAGGAACAAAUGCCACGAUUCACUGGGAAAAAGUGUCCUUGUCUGGAGUUCUCAAUGAGACCUAUGAUGUGACAGUGCUUGUAAUAGACUGUGUUUCUGAAGAGAAGCAACAUGCGUACAGAUGCACAGCAGAAAAUCCAGUCAGUAACGCAACCAGCAACCGAGUGACUGUCAACUUAAAUAAUGGGGCCAAUCCCACUGGUAAAAGAAACUAUCUGAUGGUCCUGAUUCCUGUGGCUCUGGCAGUUUUGGCUUUAAUCAUUGUGUGCUUCUGGAAAACUCCCUAUUGUAAAAGCGAUACAACAAGUUAAUGGUCGUCCAGCAGCAACCCGCAAAUGUGAUUUGUUGAUAAUCUCCUACAAUUUACUCAGUGGAAUAUAUUAUGCUUUUUGUAGGAGGUAUUUGGUGAGCAGUUUGCAGUCCUGUUGUGUUAUUGGUAGCUUUCUGUAUUAUUGCAACAUAGAUGUUCAAGAAUUUCAGAUGAAAAAUUGCUAAUCCAUUUCGUAUGAUACUUAACAAAAGGUGCCACCUGGUGUUAAAUGGCAGUGUUGUAAUGCAGAAUUUAACAGAAUUUACAGCACAGAAACUCCAUUUGUCCAAACUGGCCUAUGACAGUGUUUCUGCUACACAUAAGUCUCCUCCCACCCUACUUUGUCUCUUCUAACCAAUGUGUGCUUGUAUAUCUUUCUCCCUCAUGUACUUAUCGAGCUUCCCCUUAAAUGCAUCUAUGCUAUUUGCCUCAACAGCAGGUUUCACAUGCUCACUCCUAAGUAGUUUAAUUUAAAAAGUCCAAUUACCUUCUUAUAAAAUUGCUUUGUGGCAGAAUUUUUUAAAUCAUUUCACACUUACUGAAGUUAAAACCAGAUCAAUUUUACAAAUUAGGGUCUGCCAUUGAUACCUUCUUGGAUUCUAUGGCCAGGGUUUUCCCGCUU